AUGAGUAAAACAACAACUGCCUAUAUCAAAGACCUCGGAGUCAUCCAUGAUCCACCACGUUCCAAUGCUUUGACACGUCUCAAGCGGCACAUCAGGGAAGUUCAGGUGAAAUGGGGACCCCUCAUGGCCGCCAAGGAGGAUGUGUUCGACGAGUACAAUUUCCCACCGGGCAGAUUCGCAAUGCGCUUAACCGACGCCGAGGCGUCUAACCUUCUCAAUUUUGGUCUAAUCCUCUUCUUCGAGCUGCUCAUCCUCUUUGAAGACGUAUCUGGCAUAUGGCCGAGAGCUUGCCGAUCAGCCAACAAGAGGUCCGUUCCACUGGGCCAGCUUGGAGCUCGGAGUAAAGAUGCUAUGACAAGCUUCGAAAGCCAAAUUCCAUGUUUGGGCGGUACAGGUCCCGCUCUAUCGUAUGGGGUCUCGAUAAUUAUGAACUCCACCCCUUCCGCGAAGUCAAGGGUGUCAAACACCGCCGUCUCCACCCCGGGAGAUCUCCUCUUUCACAUCCGCUCCGAGCGCCGCGAUAUCUGUUUCGAGUUCGAGCAUCAGCUCAUGGACCGCCUCGGUGACUCUGUGCAGCUCGUCGACCAAACAGUUGGGUUCCGCUACUUUGACACCCGCGAUCUCCUCGGUUUUGUUGACGGCACCGCGAACCCCGUGGGCCUGGACGUUCCAUACUUUGUCCUUGUCGCGAGGGAGGACGAUCCACAUGCCCAGGGGGGCAGCUACGUCGUUAAGAUCAUUGGGCGGACAAAGCCCGAUAACAUUGAGCUUGACGAUGCCGAGGACGGGAAGCAGGACUCGGAUAAGACGCUGAGCACGAUUGAGGAUGAAACCGGCGACGAACAUGAUAUUCUACGCGAUAAUAUGCCCAUUGGACCGCCAGCGAAUGGAGAGUUUGGGACCUACUUCAUUGGGUGUGCCAGGCGGCUGUGGGUCAUUGAGAAGAUGUUCGAGCGGAUGUCCAUGGGGCAUCCGUCUGGGUUGCAUGACCGGCUGUUGGAUUUUUCGAGGCCGUUGACCGGGAAUAUUUUCUUUGCGCCGUCGGCUACGGUAAUGAAUAGGCUUGAUGGUUGA